GUGAAGGGAUGAGAGAGAAGAAAAUGUAAAAAAAAUAAUAAUAAUAAUAAUAAUAAUUAAAAAAGGAACAGGGCAAUUUAACCAGCUAUACAAACACUCACCAGCACACAUGAAUACACAUGGUUGACACUGCCAGACUGCUUGACCUCUGGACUGUAUCCUUCUUAGAGGACUGAGCAUCCCUUUGCAUACAUCCCUCUCCCUCUCUUUCUUACACGCACUUGUUCUCUCCCUAACUUCUACUAAACAAAGUGGUUAUGGGGCAGGCCUCAUUCAGAGGUGCCUUGAGCUGUGCCCUUCUAGCCUUUAUGUUGGGGGGAAGUGUAGAUCUGGGGGCUUUGCCAGUCGGAUUUUAUCCCCGCUUCACACCUUUUUUCUUCCUGUGCACCCAUCGUGGAGAAGUGGAGCAAACCGGGCUAGCUGAGGGUGGGGGAGAGAUGCUGCUUACCUUACAGAUUUCCAACAACCCAACAGCCUACAUCCCGGGACAAGAGUAUCAAGUGACAAUCUCUACUAGUUCAUUCUUCGAUGGCUUGCUAGUCACUGGUCUUUACACCUCCACCACUGUCCAAGCAGUACAUGUCGCUACUCCUGCUUCUCCUGGAUUUGGAGUGAUCUCAGAGCAGCAGUUUGGGACUCAAUUUGUUUGUAGUGUGGUGGCAUCUCAUGUCAGUCUCCUGCCUACUACCAGUUUCAGAUUUGUGUGGAUCGCUCCACCACCUGGCACAGGCUGUAUAAACUUCUUGGCUACAGCUAUGCAUCGUGGACAGAUAAUGUUUAAGGACACUCUGGCCAAGCAGUUGUGUGAGCUGGAAGCUCCAACUGAACCUCCACUGCAGCCUAGUUUAGCUGAAAUACAUGGAAUCCAUGCAGUGCUUCGUGAUGAUUUUGACUCUAAUCUACAAGGAGCACUAGAUGGCAGAAUCUGGUCAAACUGUAGUAACUGUGUGGUGGGGGAGCAGUGUGGUGUGCUCUUGUAUGGUAAAGCAGUCACUUUCUGUGAACCUUUUGGGGAAAGAGAACUGAUAACAGUGGCUCUUAAUACAAGCACUGCUUCAGUACUUCAUUUUUCACUGGGUUCUGGAUCCUGCCGUUUUAGUUAUUCCGAUCCCAGCAUAACUGUCUCCUAUAGACUGAGAAAUUCAAGUGUCUGGACCACCUUGGAGAAGAUCAGAGCUCCCACAAAUAGCAGCACAGUAGUACAUCUACUUACAGUACCACCAAGUUUCAAGGAAGAGGCUGUGCACCUGAGGUGGUCCCAGGAGGCUGCAUUGGGGCCUAAUGGCUAUGAAUCUUGCUGGGGAUUGGAUAACAUACUGCUGGCCAACAUGGAUGACAGACCCACACUACUGGAGGAUAACCUUGAUCCUCCUGAUACUGCCAACUGGAUAUUUUUCCCUGGAGCAAUUAUAAAGCAUGCCUGUCACUCAGAUGGGAGCUCCAUGUAUUUCCAUGGUAGAAAGGGAGUUGGGCAUAGCUAUGCCUCAACCAGGGACAUUGAUAUUCACCGGGAAGAAGAACACCACUAUUGGAAGGAGGACUUUGAGAGCCCACCUAAAGGCUGGAACAUUGCCGGAGCAGUUUAUGGAACUCACUGUGGAGAAAUUGAGUCAGGCUCUGCACUAGUAUUCCUUGGGCUUGGAAAAAGAAAAGUGUGUACCCCAUACCUGGACACAACCAUUUAUGGAAAUUUGCGCUUCCACUUCACUAUGGGUGCUGGUGAAUGCGAUCCAGGGGAGUCACAUGACAAUGAUGUUAUCCUUUUUGGUCGGUCAGAAGGUGGAAGAGAACAUGUUCUGUUAGACACACUUCCAUUUUCAGCCUACAGGACUCCUAGUGUGGUGUCGGUUGCGUUGCCUACAGAGCUUCAGACUCCUGUGACUCAGUUCUGUCUGGAGCAGAGGUUUCAUGCAGGAGCAAAUCGUCAUGUCUGGGCACUGGAUUGCCUAGAGCUUCUGCCAGUGAUGCCUGCUGCCUACACACACAUGGCCCAGUUUUCUAUUAAUAUUGGAUGUGGCUCCUAUCAGCUUACUAACAGCAUCAACUUGGAGUUUUCAACCAAUCAUGGUCGAUCCUGGUCUCUUUUGUACAUGGAGUGUCUACCUGAGUUAUGCUCUGGACCACAUCAUCCCCACAGCACAGUCUACUCAUCUGAGAACUACAGUGGAUGGACAAGGAUUUCCAUCCCUCUUCCCAAUGCUGCCCUCACAGAGAGCACUCAGUUUCGUUGGAUACAGACUGGAAAUGGAAUUGGCAAUAUUUGGGCCAUCGACAAUGUAUAUAUCGGGCCAGCCUGUCUGCGUUUUUGCUCGGGGAGAGGACAAUGCUCACGCAGUGGAUGCAAGUGUGACCCGGGUUUCAGUGGGCAAUCUUGUGAGCUAACGACUCAGAACUUUCCUGCAUUUCUGUCAGAGGGAUUUUCAAAUCCAAGACUCUCAUCUUACCACAGCUUCUCCUCUCUGCAUGGGGCAGAGGUCAGCUUUGCUUGUGGGGUUUUAGCCAGUGGGAAGGCCUUGGUUUUCAAUAAAGACAGCAGGAGACAUUUGGUUACUGCUCCACUUGAUGGCUCUCAGGCCAGGUACCUGCAAUUUACUCUGAGGCUGGGCAGCCGUAGCAUCUUAAGUUCCUGUCCUCCACCAGAUCAGCCAGGGGAGGGAUUGUUGCUCCAUUAUUCAUUUGAUAAUGGCAUCACCUGGAGCCUACUGCAACAUUACUCUUAUGAAGGCUUUCAUGAGCCCAGGAUUGUGUCAGUAGAGCUCCCACCUGGUGCACAGAAGUUUGGGGUACAGUUCCGCUGGUGGCAGCCACACCACUCAGGCAGUGGGCAGGAUGUUUGGGCACUAGAUGAGAUCAGCAUGACAUCGGUGCUCUUUAACACCAUCAGUCUGGACUUCAGCAAUGUGUUGGAUGUCACACAAAAUCUGGGGUUCUACUUGGGACGUGUGCAGCCCUACUGCAAGCAUGAUUGGACUCUCUGUUUCUCUGGGGAAACUACUCUUGGCUCCAGUAUUCGCUAUGUGGAGACUCAAUCCAUGCAGAUUGGCGCCUCCUACACAUUACAGUUCUCCCUGAUAAUGGGCUGUGGUCGCGAUCCUUCCCCUCAUAUUGACACACAGGUCCGACUGGAGUUCUCUACCAAUCACGGUUUAACCUGGCACCUAGUUAGAGAGGUAUGUCUUCCAGGAAUGCCUAGUUGUCCUGAGUUUACUGCACCUAGUGUCUACCAUCCUUCUGAGUUCAUUAAUUGGAAAAGGAUUACCAUUCCUCUACAUCAAAAAACAUGGUCUAGCGCCACGCGAUUUCGCUGGAUCCAAAACUUCUAUGGUGAGCAAGAUGAGUGGGCCUUAGACAAUAUCUACAUUGGGCAACAGUGUCCACUAAUGUGCUAUGGACAUGGCUGGUGUGACCAUGGUCACUGCAGGUGUGAUGAUGGCUUUUUUGGUACAGAAUGUCAGCCUACCUCAACACUGUCAUCCAGUUUGUUGUCAGAUUUUGAGUCCCUGUCAGCUCUAAGGACCACAUGGCAGGAGGUUAUUGGUGGGCAGGUGGUGACCCCUGACCAGGGUUGUGGUGUUGUGUCAUCUGGAUCUUCUUUGUAUUUUAGCAAGGCAGGACUGAGACAGCUAGUGAGCUUUAAUCUGGACACAGAAUGGGCAGAGUUUGUGCAAUUCUACUUGCGUGUGGGUGGUGACAGGGUGGAGUGCAACCAACCUGACAGCAGGGAGGAGGGAGUGCUUCUACAGUAUAGUAACAAUGGUGGCAUUAGCUGGGGUCUAAUUGCAGAACUGUACUUCACUGACUUUACGAAGCCUCGGUUUGUCCAUUAUGAGCUACCUCUGGCUGCUAAGACACCAUGUACGCAGUUCCGCUGGUGGCAGCCUCUUCAUUCGGGUGAGGGUUACGACCAAUGGGCAAUUGAUGAUGUCAUCAUUCUCUCUGAGAGGGAGAAGCAUGUCAUUCCAAUUGCUAAUCCUACUCUUCCACAGAACUUUUAUGAGAAGCCAGCCUUUGAUUACCCACUAAACCAAAUGAGUGUCUGGCUGAUGCUGGGUAAUGAAGGAAUGGACAAGGAAAGAAAUGGUAGUUUUUGUGCCCCCAUACCUUCUGCCAUGGUAUUUGGAAAAUCGGAUGGGGAUAGAGUUGCUGUGACCCGAGACAUAGCCCUCAGACCUGGCUACACAUUGCAGUUUAAGUUGAACAUUGGCUGCAAAUCAGAGUUCAGUGCAACGGCACCUGUAAAGCUCCAGUAUUCCCAUGAUGCCGGGCGCACAUGGGCUCUGGUCCAGGAGGGCUGUUUCCCAGGCUUCAAUGGAAUAGCAAGCUGUAAAGGCAGAGGCCUUGAGUUUACAGAGCCUACUGUGUUCAAUACUGGAGACUAUGAGCGUUGGACAAGAGUUACAGUUGUAAUUCCACGCAAUGUGGCUGCAAGUAAGACACGUUUUCGCUGGAUCCAAGAAAGCAGUGUACACCAGGAUGCUAGUGCAUUUGCUCUAGACAGUGUUUACAUUUCUGAUCCUUGUCCUAAUUAUUGUGGGGGUCAUGGGGACUGCAUAUCAGGAGUAUGCUUCUGUGACAUGGGGAUGGAAGUGGAACAGGAUAGCUGUGUGCCCUCUGUGCCAAGCCCUACUGAGCUAAUCGAGGACUUUGAAGGAAAAUUAAGUGAUCUCUGGGAAUUAAUUAGAGGGGCUCAGAUAGGGGAUGGUUGUGGAACCAUCAAUGAGGGAAAGGCUCUAUACUUUGGUGGUUCUGGGCGACGAGAGGCUCGCACUGUGCCAAUGGACACCACCAGCACUCGGCUUGUUCAAUUCUACAUUCGGAUUGGUGGGAAGAACAUGGGCCCAGCAUGCACUAAGCCUCACUCUUGGAAUGAAGGGGUGAUUGUGCAGUACUCCACUAAUAAUGGGGUACAGUGGGAAUUCUUGCGUGAGUUAGAAUUUGACUCAUUUCUAGAACCACAAUUGGUGACCAUUGAACUACCUUCUCAAGCAAAGGCACCUUACACUGUGUUCCGCUGGUGGCAACCUGAGCAAGGAAAACACACAGCCCAGUGGGCUCUUGAUGAUGUACUGAUUGGUAUGAAUGAUAGUGCCAGAAGUGGCUUUCAUGACAAGUUUGAUGGUUCAUCACCCUUAAGGCACAACUGGUUCAGGGUAGUUGGAGGACAGGUGACAGUUGAUUGUCUGUCCAUGGACACAGCCCUAAUUUUCAACUCUGAUUUAGAAAACAAGCAUCUCCGCUAUGCUGAAAGUUGGGACUUUGAGGUGUCAGCUUCCUCAUUUCUACAGUUUGAUCUAAGUAUGGGCUGCAGUAAAGCUGUGACACCAACCCAUGGUGUCCACCUGGAAUUUUCUACAGACUGUGGCCACCAAUGGACAUUGGUUACACCUGAGUGUGUACCACCUGCAGUUGGAUGUGGUAGAUAUACUCAGAGCUCCAUCUAUAGUACUCCCCAGUACUCCCAGUGGAGGAGGGUCACUGUUUAUCUGCCCAGUGCUGCCAAUUCUCCUAGAACAAGGUUCCGCUGGAUCCAGCCUCACUUCUCUCCUGGAGCAGAUACCUGGGCUCUUGACAAUGUAGUACUUGCAUCUGGCUGCUCCUGGAUGUGCUCAGGGCAUGGCCUAUGUGACAAUGGACACUGCAUAUGUGACAGGGAUUAUGGUGGGAUACACUGCGUGCCCAUGGCUCCUCUUCCAUUUGGCCUUAGGGAAGACUUCAAUGAGAAUCUGGAUCCAGAGAUUUGGCCUGAGCUGUAUGGAGCAGAACGUGGCUUGUUGAGUGGAGAGCCUCUUAAAUCAGGCACUGCUCUCAUCUUUAAAGGGGAAGGAUUGCGCAUGCUGGUUUCACAGGAUCUGGACUGCACCAGCAGUCUGUACAUCCAGUUUUCAUUUAAAUUUAUCGCAAAGGGAAUCCCAGAACGUUCUCACUCCAUCUUGCUGCAAUAUUCAGUGAAUGGAGGAAUUAUCUGGCUACUGCUGCAUGAGCUCUACUUUUCUUCCUCCACUGACACUGUACUUCUGCAUCUGCCGCUUCCUUCAAGUGCCCAGACUAAUGCUACACGCUUCAGAUUGUGGCAGCCUUACAAUAAUGGCAAAAAGGAGGAGGUGUGGGUCAUUGAUGAUCUUAUCAUUGAUGGCCACUCUUUGAACAGUUUUCCAGUUCUCUCAGAGAGUUUUGACAUUGAGCCUCAGGAUUCCAACUGGCUGUUCUACCCAGGGGGCAAAAUUGACAGCUACUGUCUUUACCAGAAAUUAGGACUAGAGGAUGAACCAUCCUUGGUAUUUAUGUCUAGUGAAUUGGGAGAACAUUCCAUCACCACUAGAAAUAUUGAUGUCAAUGAGAACACUAUUCUUCAGUUUGAGAUAAAUGUGGGCUGUACAGCAAUAAGCUCUUCAUUAAAUUCUGUGCGUCUGGAGUUCUCCCACAACUUUGGGGCCACAUGGCACCUUUUAGUUCCUUUGUGCACAGGUAGUCCAAUACCCAACAGUCUUUGCUCAAAUGAGCUCCAUCCAGCCAGCAUAUACUUCCCGGGCACACUUCAGGGCUGGAGGAGGGAAAUGAUUCAUGUUGGUAAACUGCAUCUAUGUGGAUCUAUACAGUUUCGUUGGUACCAGGGAUUCUAUUUGGCUGGCAUGACACCUCCAACCUGGGCUUUGGACAAUGUUUAUAUUGGUCCUCCAUGUCAAGAUAUGUGUAGCAGCCAUGGGACAUGUAUGAAGGGCACUUACUGCAAGUGUGACAAUGGUUACUCUGGCCCAAAUUGCUCUGUUGCAGAUGUACCAAAUCCAGAUUUCCUGAAAGCAGACUUUGAAGAUGAUACUUCAGAAGCCAGGAAUUUCAAACUGAUUAGUGGCGGAAGGCCCUCUAGGAAAUGUGGCAUCAUGGCUAGUGGAAACCACCUGUUUUUCAAUGAGGAUGGAUUGCGCAUGUUAGAAACCAUAGACAUGGAUCUGUCUAAGGCCAGGUUUGUACAGUUUUUUUUGCGUUUGGGCUGUGGAAAAGCUUCCCCUGACACACGUUCCCAGCCUGUGCUGCUGCAAUUCUCAGUGAAUGGGGGAAUAUCCUGGAACCUUCUACAGAAAUUCUUCUACACUAAUAGCAGCAAUCAAGUUGAGCUUAUUGCUCUAGAGAUUCCACUGGAAGCCCGCACCACUGAAACUCGCCUACGUUGGUGGCAGCCAUAUGAAAAUGAUUACAUCCACAGUCCCUGGGUCAUUGAUAAGGUGGUGGUAGGUGGCAGUGCUAGUGGCUGGGGCCCUCUAGAGGAUAACUUCUCCACCACAGAUGAACGUUUGUGGCUUCUUCAUCCUGGUGGCACAUGUAUGCCUGUGUGUGGCUCCGAUGGCAAUGCCUUUGCUUUUAUUGAAAAGUCUAACACUCGCUAUGCUGUCACCACUGAUAUCAGUGUAGGUCAGGAUGCCUUGAUCCAAUUUGAUUUCUCUGCUUCCUGCUCGGUCACGUCCUCCUGCUAUUCGGUUGAAUUGGAGUACUCGCUUGAUCUUGGACUUACUUGGAAACCUCUAUUAAGAGACUGUUUACCCACACAUCCAGACUGCUCCUCCUAUACACUUCAAAGAAUAUUGGUGUCAGACACCUACAACAAAUGGGGCAGAGUUACCCUACCCAUCCCAGUCUAUGCCAGGUCUCAAGCCACACGAUUCCGAUGGCGUCAGCAAGCUCCAUUUGAUAAGCAGCAAACUUGGGCUUUGGACAAUGUCUACAUUGGAGAUGGCUGUCCUGAAAUGUGCUCUGGUCAUGGACACUGCAAGCAGAAUUCCUGUGUUUGUGACCCAGAAUGGGAUGGUGAGUAUUGUGAUGAAGCGAUAGUGCCCCUCCUGUCUCAGGUAAAGGACAGCUUUAGCCAUUCACCCUCCCCCAAUCACUGGCGCCUAUUAACUGGUGGAAAACUAAGUACAGUGUGUGGAGCUGUAGCAUCAGGUAGAGCACUGCACUUUAGUGGGCUUUGCUCUCGUCAGCUGGUAACUGUGGAUUUGAAUUUGACCAGCGCUGAAUUUGUACAGUUCUACUUCAUGUAUGGCUGCAUGGCACCCCCUAUCAACCGGAACCAAAGUGUUUUACUGGAGUUCAGCUUGACUGGAGGCAUCAGCUGGAGUUUACUGACUGAGAUAAACUAUGAUCAAUACAGCAAGCCAGGGUUUGUAAAUGUGCUGUUGCCUCCUAAUGCCCAAGCAGUAGGAGUGCAGCUCCGCUGGUGGCAGCCACAGCACGAUGGAGCAGACCGUGCAGACUGGGCAAUAGACAAUGUCCUAAUUUCUGGCUCAGAUACACAUGUUCAGAUUGCAGACACAUUUGGUGCAUUUGCACUGUCCAGUCAUGAGAGAUCUCCAUCUGAUGAAAUGCUGUUUGACCACAUUAGCACAGUAAGCCAAGAUGAAAUGAGCAGCAACAAAAGAGUAAGUGACUACUGGCUCUUCUCAGAAGAUUGCAAUGUACAACAAUUCUGCCUCUUCCCAGAUGAGGUAAUGGUAUGUGGCAAAGCAGAUGGCCAAGAGGUAUAUGCUGUUACACAUGACAUCAUCCCAGUCAAAGGCUGGGUCAUGCAGUUUAAGAUUGCUGUUGGUUGUAAUGUGCCAGAGAGACAUGCUGAAAGGCAUGUUCAUGUCCAAUAUUCAGUAGACUUUGGAGUCUCAUGGAAGUACCUGGUGCCACAGUGCCUUCCAUCUGACCCUCACUGUGGAGGACAAGUGUCCCAGCCCUCUGUUUUCUUUCCUGCAAAAGGCUGGAAGAGAGCUGUUUAUCCUCUGCCUGACAGCCUUACAGACAUACCUGUGCGGUUCCGGUUCUACCAACGACAUUCAGACACACAAUGGGCAGUAAGUAAUAUUUACAUUGGACCUGCAUGUGAGAACCACUGUGGAGGUCAUGGUGACUGUCUAGAUAGACGCUGCAUCUGUGACCCAGGAUUUUCUGGACAGAACUGCUAUGCUAAUUCAGUUUUUAAGGGAACCCUAAAGGAGCGUUUUGAAUGGGAGGGAUCCCAUGGUUUACAGUGGCAAAUUUUGGAGGGAGGUCAUCCAUGCACGGACUGCAGAGCACUGGUUGAGGGAAAAGCCCUGUAUUUUAGUGGUGCUAAUACUAGGCAGGCUGUUACCAGUGACCUUGAUCUACGUGGAGCCAAGUUUGUGGAGUACUGGAUCAGAAUUGGGAGUGAGGAAAAUAUGACUAUAUGCCAUUAUCGCUCUUGUAGAAAAGAGGUUGUACUAUUGGAUUAUUCCUCUGAUGGAGGUAUAUCAUGGACACUCCUUCAUGAGAUGGAUUUUUUGAAGUAUUUGACAAUAAGGAGAGAUUAUGUCAUGUUGCCUGAGGGAGCUCUGACCAAUGCUACACGCCUGCGUUGGUGGCAACCAUUUAAGGUGUCUUCAGCUUUGGUAACCCCCAAUCUUGACCGUGCUCAGUGGGCCCUAGAUAACAUUCUGAUUGGGGGCUCUGAAAUCAACCCCAGCAUGCUCCUGGAUACCUUUGAUGAAGAUGGUAUACCUCAUGAAGAAAACUGGAGUUUCUAUCCAAAUGCUGUGCGAAUAGCCGGGUUUUGUGGCAAUCCUUCCUUCCACCUCUACUGGCCCAACAAAAAACAGGAUGGAACCUUCAGCAUCUUGUCAACUCGAGAGCUAAUUGUCCAACCAGGAUACAUCUUGCAGUUCAAGAUUGUGGUAGGUUGUGAAACAGAAAGCUGUGAAGCUCAUCAUACAGUGCUUCUACAAUACAGAAAAGAUGCCAGGUCAGACCUUUGGCACUUGGUACAAUCUGCCUGCCUCCCCUCUUCAAUGAAUAAUGUGGGAUGUUCCCCUUUUGAGUUCCAUGAGUCCAGCAUCUACAGCCCAGUUAACAGCUUAGUUUGGACCAGAGUUACUUUGCAGCUACCUGACCAUGUCUCUUCUGGUGCAACACAAUUUCGCUGGAUUCAGAAAGAGGAAGCUGGUGACCGACAUGGCUGGGGAGUUGAUAAUGUCUAUAUUGGUGAAGCUUGUCCAGGUCUUUGCAGUGGACAUGGAUACUGCACUACUGGAGCGACCUGCCUUUGUGAUGAAGGGCACUAUGGAGAUGACUGUGCCCUGUGGAGCAGUGAUCUUCCUAAUUCUAUCAAGGACAAUUUUGAGUCUGCAUCUGAGGACAGCUGGAGUGUCAUUCAGGGUGGAGCUGUUAGCAACGGCUGUGGCCAGCUUUUCCCACAUGCCCAUGGGGACUCCCUAUAUUUUAAUGGCUGCAAAAUGAGACAGGCCAUAUCCAAACCUUUGGACCUGUCCAGAGCCAGCAAGAUCAUGUUUGUGCUGCAGAUUGGGAGCAUGUCACAGACAGACAGCUGUAACUCAGCAUUAAACCAGGCUGACACUGCUGACCGGGCUGUGCUGAUCCAAUAUAGUGUCAACAGUGGAAUCAAAUGGCAUAUAAUUGCCCAGCACCAGAAUAAAGACUUCAUCAAAGCCCAGAGAGUCUCCUAUAAUAUCCCCCUUGAAGCCCGUGUGAAAGGAGUGCAGUUGCGAUGGUGGCAGCCACGUCAUGGGGGUACAGGGAAAGACCAAUGGGCUUUGGACAAUGUGGAAGUAGUUCUAGUCAGCUCCCGUAAACAAAACUACAUGAUGAACUCUGCCAAACAGUCUGGUCUACACCACUACUAUAACCGGAAGAGGAGAGCAUUACUACACUUCACCUACUAGACAGUAGUCACACGUUAAAUGCUGAAACUUACAUUCGCUGAAUACACUAAAGCAAGUGCUGACAUAUUCAAAAUAAUUAUUUACAUUCCAUGAGUGCACAUGUUUUAUAAUUAAUGGUAUUGCAAUGAUAUGGACAAGGCCUGUCUCAAGAAGAAGAAUUUCACACACAUCUGUUUCCAUUUGUCAAAAAAAAUGCACUUCUAUCUUAAAUCCUGUAGCAUAUAAAAGCUAAUGCUAUACCAGUUUUGCUUGACUCACUUGAACCAGGGACUAUAUAUAUAGAUGCAAAUGCCGAUCUGAUGGGUCCAAACUAAUGGAUUAUAUAUAUAUAAUAUUUCAAAAGCCAUCAUUCUCUAUGGUUUAUAUGUUGCUUCCCUCAUGGAGCCCGGGAAGUCAACAUUUGUUGGUAUUACUAUAUUUAAUUUGUGGAGACACUUUAAUCCCUAACGAACGAUUUUUAAACGGUUUUUACUCUUUGUUAUUCAAAGAUUUUUUGAGCUUUGUUAUUUCAGUUCUUUAUACAAAAGAGGGAGCAAAAAAAAACACACUUAUAAUGAAAUAUAUUCCAAUAUAUUGUGUUUUAAUCUUAUAUUAAUGUGUUACAUAGAAACAUACACAAGCAAAAAUAAAGGUUGUUCCCAUAAAGCUCAUUCCAGCAAGAUCAUACUGGUUAACCCAUUUAACACCCACUUCAUAGACAAAUGGUAGUCAUGUUGUUUAGAAAAGUCAAUUUUUUAUACUUACUAAGGCUCAUCAGGUUUGUGAAGACUGCCCAAGAAUCCUAGGAUUUGUUUAUGAAGAAAAUAUGUACAAUUUUAUAAAUAACAGCAACAAAGAAGUUGUCUAAUCAUGCAAUCAUAAUAUUCAUUAUGAUUUUGCUAAAUCACAAUGCAAAAAACCUGCAAAUAUAUGUUAUUAAAUGUUCACCAUGGGGAAAAUCAGAAUGGUGAAAAAUGUGAUCCUAGUGAAUUUAACCAUGCCAUGGUUGUUGGUACCAGAUGCACCAGUUUGAAUAUUUCAGAAACUGCUAAUUUGCUGGGAUUUUCACAUAUACAAUGAAAUGGAAUGGUGUAAAAAGAAUGUUGCGAGAGAAAAAAAUCAAGUGAGCUUGAUCUGACGUAUUCUGCACUCCAGAAAAAAAAGAAAGAAAAUGAAUUAUUAUAAAUAAUUGUAUCAACUGUCCAUUACCCUUCUCUAUGUUCUGGAGAUUUAAGCCUUUUUUUUACCAAGAAUAUUUGUUUUGUUUUUUGGCUAGAAUUUAAAGUCUUUUAUUUUUUAAACUAUACUACUUAUUGCAUUCAUUCCACUACCUACUGUAAGUAGUGGCUCGGACCCUCUUUUGUCCCGAUCACCUCACUUCUAUUUGAACAUAAAGGGAUUCAUGUUAGCCAUAUAUUUAUCUACAUAAAUGCAAGCUGAAGGAGAUAAACUGAUUAUUAAGUCAGCUGUGAUUAUUUAUUUGUUUGUUUAUUUAUUUUGAUGGGUAGUCAAAAUGCAGGCUACAUUAAAUAUGCUUCAUGAGACAGGCCUCCUUGAGUCCUCACUCUUAUUCAUAAAACCUACUCAGAGGAAUCAAAGAAGUAGAAGAUGACAAGUUCUAGAUAAUGUCAAUAAAGAAUACAAUAAUAAGCAAUGGAAACAAAUUAAUUAAUUGAAUGACACUCAGUAACGUAAUUUCAUGCCUUAAAAUGACCAUUUAAGUCGUUGUUAAUAAAGUUGAGUAGAAUCCUGUCUAGGCUAAAACAAAAAAAUUUAGCAUGUGAUGCAAAUGUGUACUAAUGUUUUUGCUUAGGUUAAUUCAUUGUAUAGUCAUAAUCACUGUUUUGUAUUGGUAGAUCUGUUAUACAGUUAAUUGGGCUAGGCACAUGUCAUCAGUGUAUAAAUAUAUAUACUUUUAGUUAGAAGGACAUCUCAUUUGACAAAUAUGGUUGUGCCUGAUUCCUCAUGUCUUUGCUUCCUUUGCUACAUACAUUUUUUUCCUUAAUUCCUCAGAGGGAGGAUAUUAGAAGCAAGAAAAAAGAAACAUGAAGGUGCAAUAUCUAGUAAUAAACUAAAUUAAUUCCAUUAAGGUAAUUAUCACACUGUGAUGUUCUACCUGAUCAGUGAUGGUCAUUUGUGUUUAUAAUGGAUGUAGUGGACUACAAGUGAGCCUAUGCAGAGAGGACUAUUAAAUUAAGUAAAUAAUGAUGCAUAACAGUGAUUAUGACUUUGCUGUUUUGUGUUUAUGGAUUCUAUUUGUGAUGAUUUGAUGUGUGGUGCUCUGUUAAAGUGUUUUGUAUCAAUAUUAUAAUAAUUUUAUUUUGUGAUGUGUAUUUGAAUGUAAAGGAACAAAAUUAGUCCAUGAAACUCAGAUAUUUAUUGUAAAUGGUGCUCCAUGUAACCUAUAUAAAAUGCACACUGUAAGCAAUGCAUAUCUAUGGUAUAUUAUUGUUUUAUGAGAAAACUACCCUACCCACCAUAACCCCUUGCGAUGUCAUCUCACUCUAUAACUUCCGACUGAGAAUCAUAUUUGGUCAGAACUGAGGAUUAAGCAGCAUUCACAAGGAACACUAUUGUAAAAAAAAAAAAAAAAAAAGCACCACUACCAUUAAUUUUUGUGAGAAUGAUGCAUUGAGAGACUGCUUCCAUGAACACAUACCACUGUGUAAAAAGUACACUCUGCAUACAGUAGGAACAACAAAAAGUCAAAUAAUUCCAAAGGAAUACUAUUCAUACAUUAUAUCUGAACAUGUUUUUGUGGGAUAACAAAAAGUCCUAGUGAAUGCAUGGUCAAUAUUUGUGUGGGUGGCUUUGUAUGAGGUGAGUAGAUAGAUAGAUAGAUAGAUAGAUAGAUAGAUAGAUAGAUAGAUAGAUAGAUAGAUAGAUAGAUUCCUCUAUAAAAUGAAAAUAAAGAACCAUCAAAACAUUAAACAAAGUUUAAUUUCAUUUUGCAUUCCUUUUUCAGAACUCAUUUGAUCAUUAUAACAAAGAAUUUCACCACCUGAACCAAUUUUAGUUUUUAAAUAGUCCAUAGCAGAGUAGAAUUGCACAUGGGGUUACCUAAAUGCCAUUUCAGAUCUUAAUCUGUCUUAAUUUAAACAACCAGAGAA